GCAAGUAAUGUAACCUGGGAGAAGACUGACAGAAAUUGGACACCAGCAAGAAGAGCUGCUAAAGAAGAAUCAGAAACUGUGGCGAGAGAGAGAAGAAGAAGACCAGAACAAAUGGAGCUGACUGACCAGAUAUGAGCAGCAACCGCGAUUAAAGAAGAAUACCAAAGAAUUUAUAAAGCAGCAACAGAGAUUAAAAGAACAGGAUGUAGAAACCUGCAGGAAUGCAGAAUACAACUCUGAGUUCUCAAGAAACCUUGAGAAGUAACAACUGGCAGAAACAGGCCUCUUAUUUUUAACAGCAGUACAAAAAGGGAGCACAAAUGGAGUUAGGUGACAUCAAAAGAGAGACCUGGUUACGUGUGAGCAUGAGCAAGACAGUGGUGAUGCAAAUGAACAAGAGGAAGGCCUUCAGCGAUGACAGAAUCCAAGGCAGAAAAAAGCAAAGAGGCUGCCCACAGGAGAGCUAUGGAGGUAAAGGAAACAGAAUGGAAGCAUGCUGAGGAGCAAAGGGAGGCUGCGCACAGAAGAAAACUGGAGGCAGUGAAAGAGGCAGAAAAAAAACAAGAGGCUGCCCACAGGAGAGCAUUGGAGGCCAGGGAAAAAGCAAUGGAGGCAAGAGGAAAAGAACUGGAGGAAAAGGAAAAAGAGAAGAAGCAUGCACUGGAGAUGGAGAAGGCAAAGGCUCAGCAGAAUGUACCAACAAUAUACCCUAGCAAUCCUUCUUCAGGUACUGCUUCACAUCCCAGGAAGUUCCCCACCUACAAGGCAGGCGAUGAUACUGAGGCCUUCUUAGAAAACUUCGAAAGAGCCUGCCUUGGGUACAGCAUCUCUACAGAACAAUACAUGGUAGAGCUGAGGCCACAGCUCAGUGGACCCUUAGCUGAGAUGGCGGCUGAAAUCCCUAAGGACCACAUGAACAAGUAUGAACUGUUUAAAACCAAGGCGAGAGUCAGAAUGGGGCUAACAACCGAGCAUUCCCGUCAACAAUUCAGAGUCCUAAGGUGGAAACCAGACGUGUCAUUUACCCAACAUGCCUACCACAUUGUGAAACAUUGGGAUGCCUGGAUAUCAGGGGCAAGUGUUAAAUCUCCAGAAGAUUUGCCCUUCCUAAUGCAAAUGGAGCAGUUCUUAGAGGGUGUUCCUGAGGAAAUAGAAAGAGACAUCCUAGAUGGGAAGCCCAAAACGGUAAUCGAGGCAAGGGAGAUUGGAGCCAAAUGAGUGGAGGUGGCAGAAAAGAAGAAAACUGGUCGCAGUUGGAGCAGAUACCAGAAGGGACAACCUCAGACCACACCCUACUACCAGGGGCAACCCAAGGCCCCAACUGCACCCCAAGGAACACUCCAGACACCUUAUCGUCCCGCCACACUGUUCUCCAGCAACCCACCUCGCCCCAGUGACCCGUCAGCUGGACGAUGUUUUAAAUGUAACAAGCCGGGGCCCAAGACCAGGUCAAAGCCCCUCUCAAGCCACUCCCCAUCAUUGAGGUUCCAUUUCAGCCAGUAGCUGUGUAUAUUCUGGGUUCUCUUCUGAAAAAGACACACAGACGAAAGCAGUACAUACUGAUUUUCAUGGAGUUUGCCACCCGAUGGCCCGAAGCAGUAGCUCUAAGCAACACUAGGGCUAAAAGUGUGUGCCAGGCACUAGCAGACAUUUUUGCCAGGGUAGGUUGGCCCUCCGACAUCCUCACAGAUGCAGGAACUAAUUUCCCGGCAGGAACUAUGGAAAGCCUUUGGGAAGCUCAAGGGGUAAAUCACAUGGUUACCACUCCUUACCACCAUCAAACAAAUGGCAUGGUGGAGAAGUUUAAUGGAACUUUGGGGGCCAUGAUACGUAAAUUCGUAAAUGAGCACUCCAGUGACUGGGACCUAGUGUUGCAGCAGUUGCUCUAUGCCUACAGAGCUGUACACAUCUCAGUUUAGGGUUUUCACCAUUUUAACUUGUAUAUGGCCGCUAAGUUAAGGAGCCAUUACAGUUAGUGAAGCAGCAAUGGAUUUACACCUUCUCCAGGAACUAACAUUCUGGACUUUGUAACCAACCUACAAAACACCCUCCGAAACUCUUUAGCCCUUGCUAAAGAAAACUUACAGGAUGCUCAAAAAGAGCAAAAAACCUGGUAUGAUAAACAUGCCAGAAAGCGUUCCUUCAAAGUAGGGGACCAGAUCAUGGUCUUAAAGGCGCUCCAGGCCCAUAAAAUGGAAGCAUCGUGGGAAGGGCCAUUCACAGUCCAGGAGUGCCUGGGAGCUGUUAAUUGUCUUAUAGCAUUCCCCACCUCCAACUGAAAGCCUAAGGUGUACCAUAUUAAUUCUCUAAAGCCCUUUUAUUCCAGAGAGUUAAAGGUUUGUCAUUUUAUAGCCCAGGGAGGAGACGACGCUGAGUGGCCUGAAGGUGUCUACUACGAAGGGAAAAGUGAAGGUGGCGUGGAAGAGGUGAACCUCUCCAUGACCCUUGGGCGUAUGCAGCGACAGCGAUCCAGGAGCUGGGCACUAGCUACGCGCCAACGUUCUCAGCCACCCCAGGACUGACUGAAUGGGCAUUCCACUCCAUUGACACAUGUAAUGCUCACCUAAUUAAAGUCCAACCUUACCCGGUGUCUCCUCAAGCUAAAACUGCUAUAGAACGGGAGACCCAGGAUAUGCUACAGAUGGGUGUAAUCCGCCCCUCUGGCAGUGCAUGGGCAUCUCCAGUGGUUCUGGUUCCCAAACCAGAUAGGGAGAUACGUUUUUGUGUGGACUACCAUAAGCUAAAUGCUGUAACUCGGCC